ACAAACGGAAAUUGUGAACCGGAUGUACACAUGUAGGCAAAAGAAAUGUCGUUAGAAGAUCGGCUUAAUAAAAUUUUAGAACAAAAGAACAAAAGUUCGAAGGAUAGUACUGAAGACCAGUCUGUAUCAAUCUAUACGAGUCGAAAAGCUUUACGAAACUCUAAAGAUGAAAUUAUUCAAGAAUAUGAGCAGAUGGCUCAAAAGAAAGCUUCGAAAGAAAUCCAAUCUCUGCAAUCCUCGGGAGCUUUACCUGAAAAUCUCAGUAAAAGGCAAGAAAAGAAAACACGUAGAGAAGAACGGAGUAAGACCAAAGGUCUUAAUUGGUUCGAUAUGAAGGCUCCGGAGAUGACCGAAGAACUAAAGAAUAAUUUAACAAUCUUACAAUAUCGACGUGCUCUAGAUCCUAAAAGAUUUUAUAAGGCUCCUGAUUUAAAAACAUUGCCAAAAUUCUUUCAAACGGGAAAAGUUAUAGAAAGCCCCGCAGAAUUCUACUCCAGUAGAGUGCCUAUAAAACAACGUAAAGCAACACUAGUAGACGAAUUACUGGCUGAUGCAGAAUUCAGAAAAUAUAACAAAAAGAAGUACGAGGAGAUACAAAAAGUCAAUAUGAAAAAGAGGAGAUCAGCAACAAAACGCUCAAAGCAUUUGAAGAAAAAGAAAAGAUAA